GUCUUUAUGUAGUGUAUGUAUUAUUGACUUUAAAGCAUAUUUAUUAUUAUUUUAUUGAUAAACCAUAAAGCAGAGAAGAGAAGUAAUAAGAAAAACCCCUCUCUUCUCUUCUCUUCUCUUCUCUUCUCUUCUCUGUGUUUACCUGUGAUUGUCAUGGAGCAAUUGUUAAGCAUGGGCUUCCCCAGCGAGUUAGCUGCCGAAGCACUUGCCGCCACCGGCGGUAAAUCCAUUCUAAAGGCCACCGAAUGGAUCCUCUCCCGUCGUCCAUCCACCACUGCCACCGACCCUCUGCCCAACAACCCUUCUCCCUCCCAACCAAAACUCGACCGUUUCUUCGCCAAGCCCACCCCAACCCCCACUACCACCACCGCUGCCACCGACCCUCUGCCCAACAACUUUUCUCCUCCCCACCCAAAACUCGACCGUUUCUUUGCAAAACCCACCCCAACCGCCACUACCACCACCGCUGCCACCUCAUCCGCCCCCGCUUUGAAGCGUGCCAAGAUAUGUGAGCCUCACGUUCCCCUCUCGGAGCGCAUGAGACCCCGUACGCUUCACGAGGUCGUAGGCCAGGACCACCUCUUGUCACCCACUUCUGUCCUCGGCUCAGCCGUGGACACCAACCGACUCCCCUCCAUCAUCCUGUGGGGCCCUCCGGGAACGGGUAAGACUUCGAUUGCGAAAGCCAUUGUAGGUUCUGUUGUGUCUUCCUAUCGUUUAGUGUGUUUGUCUGCGAUUACUUGUGGGGUGAAGGAUGUUAGGGAGGUUGUGGAAGAAGCCAGGAGGGUGAAAAUGAAAAAUAAUAAGAUGACUGUUUUGUUUGUUGAUGAAGUUCAUAGAUUUAAUAAGUCGCAGCAAGAUUCAUUUUUGCCUGUGAUUGAGGAUGGGAGUAUUGUGUUCAUUGGUGCCACCACUGAGAACCCUUCGUUUCAUUUGAUUACACCAUUGUUGUCUCGGUGUCGAGUUCUCACUCUUAACACAUUGAAACCUCCACACGUGCAGAUACUUUUGAGGCGAGCAGUGGAGGAUGUCGAUCGUGGAGUGGGAAAGAGUGUUGGAGUGAGAGUUGAGGUGAAGGAUGGUGUUAUUGAGUACUUGUCAUCUAAUUGUGAUGGUGAUGCUCGUGUGGCGUUGAAUGCCUUAGAGAUUUCUGCUACUAGGGCUGCGGCUAGAGUGUCUAUUAAGCAUUUGAAGUCUUCAGAGGAAGAGCAAGAGACGAAUUGGGUGUCGAGUGAAGAAAAUGUGGUUAGUUCUGUUGUGGCAAUUGUCACUUUGGAGGAUGCAAGGGAGGCAUUUCAGUGUAAGCAUCUUGCUUAUGAUAGAGCAGGGGAAGAACAUUAUAAUUUGAUCAGUGCAUUACAUAAGUCUAUGAGGGGAAGUGAUGCUAAUGCAGCUGUCUAUUGGUUGGCAAGAAUGUUGGAAGGAGGCGAACAACCACUUUACAUUGCCAGGCGGUUGAUAAGGUUUGCAAGUGAAGAUGUUGGAUUGGCUGAUCCAUUGGCUCUUAAUCAAGCUGUGUCCUGCUAUCAAGCUUGUCAUUUUUUGGGUAUGCCUGAAUGCAAUGUAAUUCUGGCACAAUGUGUGGCAUACUUGGCUUUGGCUCCUAAAUCCAUAGCUGUUUAUCGAGCAAUAGAGGCUGCACAGAAAGUUAUUAGAGAAUCGGUGGGACAGAAUGAAGGAGUGCCACUUCAUCUGAGGAAUGCACCGACAAAACUAAUGAAGGAAGUUGGAUAUGGGAAGGGCUAUAUAUACACUCCUGACAAUCCCUCAGCAACACAAACCUUUCUACCACCCUCCCUUCAGGGGUACAAGUUCCUGGAUUGGCCAACUAGUAAUACCAUUAACAAAUAAGAAGCUAGUUACCUGUCUUUGAUGAUUUUGUAGUUGAUUAACUUGUGCCGGGCAGGAGCUCUUUCCUCUUCCUUCUUGAGCAUGCAGGUUUCUUUUGCUGUAAAUAUCUGACUUCUGUCCAUAAUGUCUUGUCAAGCUAUUUUGUUUUUGAAAUGAAUUAAAUGGAAAACAUGAAAUAUAAA